AUGGCUAUUACACGUGGUAAAGGUUUAUUAACAGAAUAUUGGUUUGACUUAUUCUUGCGAAUUGCCUUGGCAGGGUUGUUUAUUGUAUUAGAAAAGGCAGAACCAUUUUCUAGAAAAAUUCAUGAAGAUGAAUUAUGGUUAUAUAAAAACCCAAGAACUGAUUCAUAUGUUCCAACUACUUUAUUAUGGCCCUUGGUAUUCAUAAUGCCUGCUGUAGUUAUUUUUUGUAUUUUCUUAGUUUAUAGAGAUAAAAUUGACACUUAUCAAGCAGUAUUAUCUGUAACUUUAAUAAUGCAUAACAUAUUUUUAAUAGGCCGUCCUAGACCAGAUUUCUUUUGGAGAUGCUUUCCUGAUGGACAAACAAAUCCAGAUUUUAAAUGUAAUGGAAAUCCAGUUGUUAUAAGAGAUGGAAAAAAGUCAUUUCCAAGUGGACAUUCCUCAUUUGCAUUUGCAAGUUUUGGUUUCAUUGCACUAUAUGUAGCUGGUAAACUGCAUACAUUUAGUCUGGUAGGCAAAGGACAGUCAUGGAAAUUAUGUGCAUUUGUGUUACCAAUUUGUAUUGCUCUCGUAAUUGCACUAAGUAGAACUUGUGAUUAUCAUCAUCAUUGGCAAGAUGUAGUUGCAGGUUCAGUAAUAGGAUACUUUUUGGCAUAUAUGUGUUAUAGACAUUAUUACCCACCAUUAGACUCACAAAUAUGCCAUAAACCAUAUGCUGCCCUUACCCUUCAAAUUCAAUUGGAAUAUACAAGGAACAGAAACGAGCAAAUCAAGUGGAUUUAA